AUGCAGUUAAGGGACAGGUGUUGGGCUGACUUCAUCACCGAAGUCCAUGAAGGAAAAAACUCCAUGACGCAGCCUGUAUCGUUAGAGGUAACAGGAAGUGUCGAACAUGACACCUGGAAGUUGUAUACCGACGGGGCUGCUAGUUCGGACGGAUGUGGGGUAGGCCUCAUGUUGAUUAGCCCAGAGGGCAAAGAAUUUACUUACGCACUGAGGUUUGAGUUCGAAGUAACCAACAACGAGGCCAAGUAUGAAGCACUGCUAGCAGGAUUGCAAAUGGCCAGGGACAUGAAGAUCCGCAAUAUCCAUUCAUAUGUCGACUCCCAGCUAGUGGCGUGCCAAGUGAAAGGAGAGUACGAUGCGAAGCAAGGAACGACAAAGCUAUACCUGCAAAAGGUACGAGAAUUAAUUGAAUGCUUCAAUCACUUCGAGAUAGAGCAUAUCCGAAGAAAUCAGAACAAAAAAGCAGAUGCCUUGAGCAAGUUAGCCUCGCUCAUAUUUGGACAUUUAGGAAAACAAGUACUAGUGGAAGUUCUGAAGGAAAGAUCGAUAGAAGAAAAACAGGUUUCGGACCUAGUAGAGGAAGAAGGAAAGAAUUGGAUGACCGCCAUUUACGAAUUCUUACUAAGCGGGAUGCUUCCGGCCGAUAAAGAUGAGGCCCGAAAGAUAAGAGUCAAAGCCCCGCAAUACAAAAUAUUAGAUAAGAAAUUAUAUAAAAAAGGCUUUGUCACGCUGUGGCUUCGUUGUGUAGGGCCUAAGCAAGCAGAGAUGAUAAUCAGAGAAUACACGAGGGAAUCUGCGGAGCCCAUUCGGGGGCAGGGUCUGUCGCAACAAAGGCCAUGA